UGUUUUUUUUAUCGCAAAUACAGAAAUGUGCACACAGUUGACGCGAUGGACGAACUCGGGACACUGCUUACGAAUCGCAUACAGUUGUGGAUGUUAGUACUGUAGUGCGCCGCAUUUUUAUAUAUAAAGCCAUGGUCAAUCCACUGCUGGAUGAAGGCCUCCAAAAGCCGACUUGCCAGCGCCCACGAUAAGAUAACUCUAGAAAAACACGGGGUGCACAGUUCGGGCAGAACCACCAUAUGAAUGAACUUAUCCAUGUACAAUCGUUGACAAUGCGUGUAUAGCUCGCACAUGUACCGUGAUCGUCGUGGUGUACAUGUCUCUCCACGUGUGUGGAUGGUAGAACGAGGAAUGUUUUGUAAUACAUAUACGUGCUACGACUUGGUCACGAUCAAAUGUGUCGUGUGCGUGCGUAACAUAAGCACAACGUGUACGUAACACGCGCUAUAUUAUUUUUAUACCGAGGAGAGCUAAAGUCUAACUGUUGAAGCGUACAAAGGGGGGCUCCAGAUCUGAUAAGCAAGCAAAUAGUGCGCGUGCUGAAAAGUUUAGUUUAAAAAAACACAUAUACAGUGGCUUAUAAUAACAGCCCUCGCGCAAGGCAUUUAACAAGGUUGACUGGCUAGAUCCCAAAAUCUCUUGCCGCUCUCAUUAUCAAUCUUCGUAGAGAAACCACGAGUCAUUGCAAUUACGAGUCACUGUAAAUUGUAAAUGACUCGUAAUUGCUCCAAUGAAACGCACCUGUGCAAACGCGCGUGCGAAUACGCGUCUGUCUUCUGCCGCAUCCUGUGAAGUUAUCGGGACACAACUCGAUUGAUAGGACCCAUUGGCGCUCGUCGGCGAAGUGGAGAGCGAUGGGCAACUGCGUGGCGCUGUCGUCCGUGGUCGCGCUGGGUGCCAACAUCAUCUGCAACAAGAUCCCGGGUCUGGCCCCGCGGCAGCGAGCGUUGUGCCAAAGCCGGCCCGAUGUCAUCAUCGUCAUCGGGGAGGGCGCGCAGUUGGGCAUCAGCGAGUGCCAGUACCAGUUCCGCUUCGGUCGCUGGAACUGCACGGCGCUGGGUGAACGUACUGUGUUCGGGCAAGAGCUCAAAGUAGGCAGCCGAGAGGCGGCGUUCGCGCACGCGGUGGCGUCGGCGGGCGUGGCGCACGCCAUCACGACGGCGUGCAGCCAGGGCAACCUGAGCGAGUGUGGCUGCGACCGUGCGCGCCAGGGCUCGUACAACGCGCGCGAGGGCUGGCGCUGGGGCGGCUGCUCGGCGGACGUCCGCCACGGCCUCGAGCUGUCGCGCCUCUUCGUGGACGCUCGCGAGGUGCGCCAGAGCGCUCGCACGCUCAUGAACCUGCACAACAAUCGCGUGGGACGCAAGGUGCUGGAGGAGAAGAUGAAGCUGGAGUGCAAGUGCCACGGCGUGUCGGGUUCGUGCACCACCAAGACGUGCUGGACGACGCUGCCCAAGUUCCGCGAGGUGGGCUACGCGCUCAAGGACAAGUACGAGCACACGGUGCACGUGGAGCCGGUGAGCGGCAGCCGUUACAUGCGGCCGAUGUUCCUCAAGGUGAAGAAGUCGCGCUCGUACCGCAAGCCGCUCGACACGGAGCUCGUGUUCACCGAGCGCUCGCCCAACUACUGCGAGGAGGACCCAGCGACGGGCAGCGCGGGCACGCGCGGCCGCCUCUGCAACCGCACGUCGCCGCACGCCGACGGCUGCGACCUGCUGUGCUGCGGCCGCGGCUACAACACGCACCAGUACACGCGCGCGUGGCAGUGCAACUGCAAGUUCCACUGGUGCUGCUACGUGCGCUGCAGCACGUGCAGCGAGAGGACAGAGGAGUACACGUGCAAGUGACGGAGGCGGCGGUCGGUCGGUCGGACGGUCGGUCGGUCGGUCGGUGAUGCCCUCUUGAAACGAUGGGGAGGGCAGUUUGUGUUUGUUUCGGUUUUUAUUGCCGGCGUUAAGUGUUGAGCUCGUUUGAUUUUACGUUUUUGUUUCUUGUGGUGGUGUUGUUUUUGUUGGCGUUCUUUUUGACAGUUUUUUUUUAUUUUUACUUUUAGUUUAUAUUUUUUUAAAUGAUUAUAACGCGGGGUGAAAUGGAAGUGUAAUUUCCAUGCCACGCGAUUUGUGAGACGGUGGAUUUAUUAAUGACAGAUCCCAUCGCCGUGUGCUUAAAGUGCCGAUGGAGAGUGGGAAGAUUUAAUUGAGGACCGUCAAAGCAAAUUUCCUUUCGUGAAAGAGGGCACAGUUUUAACCUCAAUAGUUUAAUUACUUCUGAAAAUCCAUUUACAUGCAGAAGUAAAGUUAAACAAAAAUGAAGUUAAACAUACUGCUGCUGCGAAGCCUCCCACUUCACCUUUGCAUGCAGUAUAUAAACAUUAAAUCACUUUUAAAAAUUAAAUAUAUUUUUACGUUAAUUUUAACAAGUCUCCGCGAAUAAGGUAAAAAAAAAACUUACUGUGGAGUAGUGUACUUUAAGUAUAAUUAUUUUUGUUUUUAUUUUCAGAUUGAAAUAAAUCAAUAUAUUAUUGUUGCGAGAAUUUAACGAACUUAAAAAAAAAGUUUAAAUAAUAGCAGCAAUAUACAGGGGAGGGGGGGGGGGAGCUCAAUAGCUCUCCGAGUGUCUUGUUAAAACCUUUUCAUAGACGAUGUGUGAAGACCUUGGUCGUAACGUGCAGCACUGACAAACACAAAUGAAACCAAGCUAUGUGCAGUCUGUGCGUUUUUCGGUUCUCUGUGAUGAUUUGUGAGGGGGGGGGG